AUGGCACAAACAAUGUCCCGACUAGACUCUCUCGACCCGGCACUACCCAACCCAUGUCAUCUGUUUGCGAUAAAGCAAUACGAGUGCGCGAUCCAGGGCGGCGCAGUCGAGUGCUGGCCAUUUGAGCGCAUCUUCCGGCAAUGUGGCAAUGGUCCAGCGCUCGAGGUGACGAACCGCAUCAUUAGCGACAAGGGAGAGCACCCAGUCGUCGACCCAAAGUUCAUCGUAUAUCCUCCCAAGGGGAGCAGGAGCUUUUUUGACAAGUAG